GCAGACUCCCACCCCUCCCUCUGGUUGUGCAGCAGUUUGCGAACAGUUGUUGCCUUUAAGGAGCCUUAGGAAGACUCACUUGGUACAAGAUGGCGUCCCAGCAGCUCUGUUUGAGGUUUCUUGGGUUGGCUGCAUUGCUGACACUGACAACUCUCAGAGAUGUAUCCGGUGAGAGCCACCUGCAGAAGAUCUUAGUAAGAAGAAACGUGGCAGAAGCUGACCAUGUCCCACCCAGUUCUUCUGUUGCCAUCCCUUCUUCAAAGGCCCAAGAAUUUCUGGCCAAGCUGAGCAGAACAAAGAGAAAUGUUUGGGAUCGCAGCAGACCAGACGUCCAGCAGUGGAUCAUGCAGUUUAUGCAAAUGGGAUUCGAUGAGCAGAGGCUGGAGGCUGACCUGCAGUACUGGAUGGACUACGCCCGAUCCCAUGACCAGGGCCGUCAGCAUCACUACGAUGAAAACUCCCCCAUCGGCCCGCGGUCUUCUUACAGGCAUGGGGCAGAUGUCAACUAUGACUACUAUUAACGCCGCCCACACACACUCCAUGUUGUAGGAAGGUAAUGAAUGGUGAUAGAUUUCUUGCCUGACAACUUCGUCAAGGGAAUCCUGUCAAUUUAUCUCAGUUUCAUCCAUCAAUUAAAGUCUGUCUUUCUGCUUUCUAACUAUUCAGCUAACUUAAUUCCCUUCAAACUUGUGGACAAACCAAUCAGAAUAAAACAGUCCUUAAAGUAAAGUGGUUUAGCAAUGAUUUUUGGUGGCUUACCCUACUUGUAGGGGUGAUUAUAGACUGUACACUAAACUGCAAGGUGCUCUAAAUUUUUAAGUUAAAAUGCACCAAAGGAAUUUUUUCUUAAUAUGUGUUGAUUGGUCCUCUAUAAGUAAUUUGUUCACUAAAAAACCUGUGAGGCCUUUGGAAAACUGCUUAUCUUCAUUUUUACUGGCUUUUUGAAGCCACUGGAUCCUAUUCAGAGCUUUUACAGUUGACAUGUAGGUCAUUCACAGCUUACAUUUUAAUCCAUAUAUAUAUAUUUUCCUCUGGAGUUAAUGCUUCCCUUUUUUUCCAUUGUUUUAC